AUGUAUAACCGGUUUUACCUGUCUCUGCUAGCUCUCGGAAUCGGCGUCAUUGCCUUCUACAACCCCUUCAUGAAGUCAAUUCUCACUGGAUCGGUCAGAAUCGACGAGCAGGGCCGCUUACUCUCAACAUACGCUUUUUGUGAGGUAACUGGCAUGCUCUGCGGCACCACGCUUCAGCCGAUGUUCUACGCUGCCACACUCGCUGCCUUUCCUGGCGCCGUUUUCCUCUUCUCCUCUGGUCUCCUCUUUGUUGGCGUCUGUUUUGUCUUUCGUUUCGAGUUUACGCUGAUAGUUGAUCCAGGCGUGGAUGCAAACCCUGCUUCACGGCCCAACCAAUGA